AAUGCUAUUGAGAAGAUCUUCAACUUUGUUAAGAACAAGAUUUCCAAUUGCUACUACUACCCCUAGAAUUGCUCUUGCCGUACUGAACAACAAUUAUUUCUGUCGACUCCCAAUUUUCGCCCAAUCAAAAAUGCCAUUGAUUACCAUUUCUCAAUCCUUGGAUGAAUCAUACACCAAACACAAAGUUAUCCCUGAAGUUGUUGACGAAUUCGAUACUCAAGGGUUAUUGACCAUUGAAUAUAGUAAGGAUGAACACGUUACCUUGGGUAACCAACUUCCAGUUGCUAACACUCAGCAUGUUCCCGAGAUUCAAUUAACUCUCAAUUCACCUACACAGGACGGUAAAAUUGAAUCAAUCACCGAAAAUGACAAGUUUAUCUUGGUUAUGACCGACCCGGAUGCUCCUUCAAACACAGAUCACAAGUGGUCAGAAUAUCUUCAUUGGUUAGUUACUGAUUUGCAAUUGACUAAUGGAGAAGCUAAAGAAGGCGAACAAAUCAAUCACAAAAUUGAUGUAAGCCAAGGUAGAGAAUUAGUCAAGUACAUGGGUCCAGGCCCACCACCAAAAACCGGAAAACAUCGUUAUGUGUUUUUAUUAUAUAAACAAGACUCCCUGGCCAAUGCAUUGACUGCACCUCCAGAUAGACCAAACUGGGGUACAGGUGUUCCAAGCAGUGGUGUUAGAGAUUGGAUUAGUAAGAAUGCACCUGGACUGAAAUUAUUAAGUGUCAAUUUCUUCUAUGCACAAAAUCUUGACAAUUAAAAAAAAAGGACGUAUAGGCUGUAUAUAAUUUAUAUAUUUAUAUUGGACAACGUUUUCUUUAUCAUCCACCUCUUCGUAACGUGCUAUAAUCUUUGGGACUAACAACCAAACCUUUCCCCUUUUUAGCACCCCGAUAUAUCGUUUCUAUUAUAUCAAUUAAUUCUUGUUUGUCGUAAAUCAUAAAAUUAAGCUUGUUGUUAUUACCAGUUCCAAAAUCACACAUCAUAUGCUUAUUUCGAAAGAAAAACAUUAUCGUAUAAGGUUCCAGCCGAUCUUGAUCUAGUUCAUACAUUUGAUUGAAAUCAGGAACUUUAUCCAAAUUGCAAAGAUAUAUAGCAGCAAAAUUCUUUACUUUUUCUGAGAUGGAAAACAAAAUCUCGUCUAUGAUCAUACAAUCUGGUUCUUCUUCGCGGCCAAAUCGUAUCACCACUAAUCUAUCGUCUUCAGAAAGGAUCGCUUGGUCGACAUGCCAGCCUGUGUUUAAAUGAGGGAGAAAUACUGAACCCAUGUCAACUUUGUGUGGUUUCUAAGAAAGCAGCUCCCAUUUUUUUCUGAUGGCUGGUUUCUAAAGAGGGUUU